AUGAAGGACAUUGUCAACUGGUCGCACGCCAUCAUCGUGCUCUUCUCCAUCACCAGCCGACGCAGCUUCUAUCGGGCCCAGGAGCUGGUUGAGACGAUGCAGAGCUUACUCGGGCCUAAACGAAGUUGUGGUGCUCCGGCUGGAACACAAGGCCAUUCGGGAUUUGGGCAUACCGGUUGGUCGGGAUUUGGAGGUGGGUCUGGUAGUUUCGGUGGAGGCGGCAGCCCAGGGCAGGGAACCUCAGGAGGAAUCAUAGGCGGAGCCGGAUUUCUUUCGAGUGAUUCCUCGACAGGCCUGACGAUGCACAAUCUCUUUCUGUCACCAGGCAGCACGGGCUCAUUGCGACGUGGGAUGACAUCGGGCACCUGGAAACCGAUACUGGUACAAAGAGGUGAAAUCGAAAAACUCGCUGAGGAAUUCCAGACCUGCCUGUUCGAGAUCACCGUCUCAGAGAGCUUUAAAUUGGUCGAGGAGUUGUUUCAUUCGGUGGUUCGACAAUGCCUGGGCAAUCGGCACACGACCUCGGCAACAAGCCCUUUGGGGAACGCCAGUGGAGCCAGUACGAGCCUGGGAGCAAACACCGGCAACAGCAACAGCAGCCCCAGUUCGAGUGGUGGCUUUGCCUCCAUCCCUUUUGGCGGGUCGACGACAACAUUCGCGAUCUCGGCGGCGGGUCGGCUGACACGUGGCCUCGGCGCGGCUCUGGCCUCGGUCGGGCCCAACGUGAGCAGCAGUGGAAGUGGGUGUAUCGGAGCCACUACAACCCUGAGUGCUUCGAGCCCGGCGGGCCCCCUUCUGCUCCCCACAACCACAGCCCUUUCAUCAGUUCCCUUCGGCUCCGCCACCCUCAGCACCGGUACAGGAGUCUCCGCCUCACUUCUGCCCACCGCCAGUACUGCAGUCUCCUCAAAUCUCACUUCCACUUCAUCAUCCGGCAAAAGUGGCACUCUCUUUCCACAGACCGGUCUUUCGGGAAACCCG